GCUAUUUAAAUUAUUUAUUUAAUCACUACAGAUUUUGCUUUCUAAAAACUUGCUUUUGUCUUGCCUUAGAGCAGCAAAAUCUACAUGGUGUCAGCUUCUGCUUCUUUAUGCAAGCUGCUCCUCGAAUCUGCCAGGAAAAAACCCUAACUUUGCGGCUAAACCUCUCUUAAUCUUUGGUUUCCUCCCCGACGAAGCUCCUGAACUCGGAUUUGAUCGCAAAUUCUCGGUGCAGCAUCGUCCUGAGUGUGAUAGCUUCCGAAGCAGAUGAACUGAGCGAAAGGAAUGUGAGAUUUGAUUCCAUAUUUGAGUGACUUUGGAUCCAGAAGCUGGUGACUCUUCCCCUUUGGAAUUUCUUUGGGAGAAGGAGAAGAGGAAAGCGUAAGAAGAGAAGCAGAGGAUCGAUCUUCAGGUGGAUGGCAAUGGCGAGCACUGAGCAGAACAGGCUUCUUCCUCUACGAGAAAGGGUUUGCCUCUAUCUCCUGUUUUCAUGAUUUUUCUGUCGUGUCCGGAGCUCGAAUCUGUCGGAAUUUGUGUUAGUUUGAGCCGCUUCGUCGUAGAUCCGAGGAAUUUCGCUGCGUCUCAGAUCUCUGGGACUUCAGCUGUUGCUUCUCGUUUUCCGAUAAAGCUGUCUUUGGUGAACACCGAAGCACCCUUUUCUAAAGAUGAUCUAAGCGGGCAAGGAAGAUUAACUUGUUUUUGUUUUUGUUUUCACUGGUGAUGCUUUCUUGAAGAAAGUGUGAUUCGCCAUUCUUGGGUGCUUAGUGUCAAUCGCUGAAACUUUCUGAAUUAGGAUUUUUGAUGAUCAGAGAAUUUUAGCUCUAAAUCUUUGGUAUUAGUGGGUGGGUGGGCCGAUCUGAUGUUGACAUGUUCCCUCGAACAUCAUCAGAAUCCUCCCCUGAGGACAAAUCAAGCUUCUGUUGUUACUUGUGUUCUGCCCCCAUGAUUGAACAAGGUGGUGGAUUUGGUGAUUAUAGGAAGCGGUGGGUCGGGUGUUUGAGAGCAUUAUCUUGUUUUGGUGCAAAAAAAGGAGAGAGACGUAUUGUCCCGGCUGCACGAGUACCUGAAGGGAAUGCUGCAGCAACUCAAUCGAAUGGACCUCAGGCUACAGGAUUGAGCAACCAAUCCAUUCUGGCUCCACCUUCCUCGCCUGCUUCUUUCUCGCAUUCUGCUGUCCCUUCAACAAUGCAAUCGCCGAACAAUAUGCUGUCUUUGUCUGUUAACUCGCCAGGCGGUCCUUCAUCAGCAAUGUUUGCAACCGGGCCUUAUGCUCACGAGACCCAAUUGGUUUCACCACCGGUUUUCUCAACGUUUACAACAGAGCCAUCUACGGCCCCUUUGACUCCUCCUCCUGAAUUGGCACACCUCACUACUCCCUCUUCACCGGAUGUACCUUAUGCUUGUUUCUUGACUUCGGCUGCUGAUCUUAAGAAUGUGGAGAAGACCAAUUAUGUUUCGGUAAAUGAUCUUCAGGCAACAUACUCACUGUAUCCCGGCAGUCCUGCAAGCAGCCUUAGGUCUCCAAUCUCGAGGGUGGACGAUGGUUUAUCGUCAUCCUUUCCCGAGCGGGAGUUCAUGCCGCAAUGGGAUCCUUUGGUUUCCCCACGGACUGGUAAAUGUUCGAGGAGUGACUCUAGCAAUUUACAAACACCUGACACUAGCAGCACUCCAAAGGCAUCUGAAGGCUCAAACUUCUUCUGUCCUGAUACAUUUGCCCGAUACUAUCUUGAUCACGAUGCUCCGUUUUCUCAUACGGGUGGAAGACUAAGUGUUUCCAAGGAUUCGGAUGUUUAUCCAGUUAGCGGAAACGAGCAGCAACACAGGCAGACAAGAAACAUUUCAAAGCAAGAUAUGGAAGAAUUAGAAGCCUACAGAGCUUCCUUUGGUUUCAGUGCAGAUGAAAUCAUCACGACCAGUCAAUAUGUGGAGAUCACAGAUGUGAAUGAUGACUCAUUCACCGUGAGACCAUCAACCUUAGAGGUGCCUACAUCACUCUGUGCCAUCGAGGCCAAAUCGCAAGGACCAGAAGCAAGCUUGGCCAGACAAAAAAAUGGUGCAUUAGUAUCAGAUAGCACACAAGAGCCUUUUGACUCUUACAAAGAUCACACGCCGAGGAGUGACCCUGGCCACGUAUCAGGAUCAAGCAGACGGGGAAAUGGAGAAGAUAUAUUCACAAAGUUAGGAACAGUCAGGACAAGUCGAAAAUAUCAUAUGGGUAUGUGCAGUUCAGAUGCAGAAGUUGAUUAUAGAAGAGGCAGAAGAAGCUUAAGAGAAGGCAAAGGAGACUUUGCUUGGCAUGACUAGAAGCGUUUUGGCUAUGAAUUAAGCCUCAGGUUUCUUCCUCUGCUGCUUCUCUCACUAAUCUGUAGAGCUUGUUUCUUUCUUUCCUUGUGUUGCCAAAACACUUGCUCUUGGGGGUGUCUCUGUGUGGUGUUUUAGCAGUGAAUGUUAUAUGUUUAUAUUAUAUAUACAGGGUGUAUACGUAUAAUUUGUCUAACCAGUGACAGGUUUGCAAAUUUCCUUUCUUUUCA